GAGCGUGGAGCGGAGAGCCGCCCGACGGAGAGCCUUCUGCCGCAGCUCCAUUAGCUCCACAUGUACGCGGGACUAUUGUUGUCCGGUAGCCGCCCGACGCCUCCCGGAGCAGCCAAUGGGACAUGGCGACCUUCUGAAGAGACGUUAGCAGCAUUUCUGUCGCCAUUCUCCCCCCCGGUGUGUGGAUAUUAGCCUGUUGGUGAAAGACAACAUUCAGCGGAACGUUUCCUGUUUACGAGGCGGAGGAGUGUUGUCCGGUGCAGUGUUGGCCGGUGCUCUGGGCGCUGCUGCCCCCUAGUGGUAGGUCCGGAUGGAUAAAAAUGUUCGGAAAUUUCGGAACCAGGACAGCAACCCAUGCAUCGAGGAGAGCGACGGCUCCCAGAAGUGUUUGGGUGCCAACAACUACGACAACAGCAUGUGCACGGCGUAUUUCCUGAGAUACAAGAAGUGUCGGAAGUACUGGCACAGCAUCAUGCUCCAGAGGAGGCGAGACGGCGUGACCCCCGACAUGCCCGCCGCUGCAGAGAGGCAGGAGAUCCUCGCUGCGGUGGGAGGGAAACCGUACUGAGAGGCAGCGGCAGGACGUUUAGGCCACGCCCCCACAGCCCGGUGACGCCAAUGCAACGCUUAGGACACGCCCCCACACACACUGGUGAUACCACUGGGACUCGAGGCCCCGACCUGUCCUCAGACUCGGGUCUCUGAGUGGUCCAUUAUGAAAAGAAAAGGAUGUUAUUAUUGUUUAUUGAGGUUUAUGAACGCUACAUAAAAUGAGCUGAGAGCUUUUUGUUUUGAAGGAAAACGUCUAACAGCUGAGAAUAGAAUAGCCGGAGCAAGUGGAGCUCAGCUGUAUGUUAACCACAUCUGUGACCUCUACAGCGACCUGUGACCUCUGUCGUCCGUCUAGCCUUAAUAAAAUAUCAGUAUUGUAUCGAU